CAAUCAAAGUCGGGAACGUUAUUUCGUGACUCUGAUUAGAGGCUCCCUAGGCUCAGCCAGAGGUUCACUACGUUCCUUCCAUUCUAUUACUGCGUUCGCCAAGGGGAGACCUAGCGGGUAGCGCGGCCGGUUCGGUCAUUCUUUGCACAACCGCGGUUCUAUGAAGGGAGGGCUAAGAAUAAAAAUAUUUUUGUGCAAUAGCGUGCUUCGUCGCGUCGAGGUCGACCUGGCGCGCGUGAGACGCGCGUAAAAAUAUCUCUGUAACGCGGGAGUCGUCGAAGAUGCGCCGGGGUGAUCUGCGAUCGUGCGUGCUUCUCGUUUGUUGAUUUUAUGCUACCGCAAAAAGUAUCAUGGCGUCCAAGGGCCAUGUGGACAACACGGUGAACGAACGUCGCCUGCGACCGAUUUACGACUGGCUGGACAAUGGGAAUAACAAGAAGGCCCUCCAAGAGGCGGACAAGGUGCUGAAGAAGCACCCGACUAACCAAUGCGCCAGAGUGCUCAAGGCCCUGGCCUUGUUGCGCAUGGGCAAGGAGAAUGAGUGUCAGGCUAUUAUGGACAAGGUGCGCUCCGAGGUGCCCUGCGAGGAUUCCACCCUGCAGGCGAUGAGCAUCUGUUACAGGGAGAUACAUCAACCGGAUAAAGUUAGCGAGCUUUAUGAAGCCGCCGCAAAGGCUGACCCGAACAACGAAGAGCUCCUAACGCAUCUCUUCAUGUCGUACGUUCGCCUCGGCGACUAUAAGAAGCAACAGCAAACCGCGCUUAACUUAUAUAAACUGACUCAUAAAAACCCAUAUUACUUUUGGGCUGUUAUGAGUAUAGUGAUGCAAGCUAUUCAUGCUGAUCAGAAGUUAGCGAAAGGAGUUAUCUUGCCUUUGGCAGAAAGAAUGGUCCUAAAACUUGUAAGGGAGGGAAAGAUUGAAGCGGAACAGGAAGUGCAACUUUAUCUGAUGAUCUUGGAGCUGCAAGACAAAAAUGAGGAAAUAUUAAAUGUAUUGUCUAGUCCUUUAGCUUCAUACGUCUCGUAUGUACCUCAACGAAAAGCUACGUGUUUAUUGAAGCUAGAAUGUUUUCCUGAAGCGGCCAAUGCAUAUCGCGCACUUAUUGAAGAAAACAUCGACAAUUGGGCGUUUUAUCAGAAUUAUCUUUCGGCGGCCUUAAAGUUUCAACGGUUGACAGAAUGUUUGGAUUUUUUUAACCACAUUAUUAAUUUGUCCGAGAAAAAAAUACGCGCGCCAUACCUGGCCCGCCUGGAAUUAUUGAAGCGAUGCCAGACCGAAGAUCUACAAUAUAGUAUCACCUGUAUGAAUUUUAUGCAUCAAUACUUUUCUCAAUUUGGAGAAAAAGGAUGUGUAGUUGGAGAUUUACGAUUAUAUCUAAAUCUACUUACACCCAAAUCUAAGUUUGAAUUAUUUGAAAAGAUCGAAGAAGAUAUUGGCAUUGCACCAGACGAGUUUCCUACUACAGCACAACAAAUGCAAAAGCACAUUCACUUGGAACAAUUGCGGCGUAUUUGUGGCUUCCAUCAUCCUCCUUUAGCAGACAAAGAGAAACAGGAACAAUUGAUAAAGCGAUUAUGCGAUUUGUAUGAAAAGAGUAAUGAAUUGUGUCCGAUGCAAGAUAGAUUGCCAACUGAUUUUUGUCCAGCAGAUCCGUAUAUCCUAUUAGCUACACAUUUGUUACAUCAAUUAUGGGUUGAUACUAAUGAUGCAUCUUUUCUCUAUAGGGCAAUGUCAUUAUUGGAACACGGUCUUCUGUCGAGUCCUGUAAAUUUUCACGUAAAAAUUUUGCUUGUGCGUAUUUACUUGGAAGCUGGUCUAGUGGUCGCGGCUGAUCAUGCAUUCGCAUUACUUGAUGUAAAGCACCUUCAACUAGAUUCACUGGGUCAUCUCCAUGCGCCACUUCUCGCUCCUCUCGGUAACUUACCCCUGGCCUCGACAACUCUUGAUCAUACAGCGAAAUUUUUCAUAGCCAACUAUAAGGAUAGUGCAGAUCAUUUAACACUUGCAUACAAAUAUGGGAGUUUUAUAAAAAUUCAGGAUUUUGUGGAAUUAAGAGAACGCCUAGAAAAUUCGUUACAUUUUGCUAUAACAACUGUAGAUAAAAUGCUCCUCGAUUUGUGUUGGUGUGACAGUACUACUUCUCUGUUUUCUACUUUGAAUAAUAUGCAUAUCCAACCCCAUCUCGAUUCAAUUAGAUGGGCAUCUUUGCGAGACAAUCGUGAUUUGGAGGUUGUUCGCGGCUGGGAACCACUGACUCAGAGCGAGGAGGAUCCAAGAAUGCAGGAGGAGACACGCAUAUGUAUGUUAAAAUUACUUGCGGCAAGAAAUGCCAUAUUGCGUAUCUUGGCGGCGAGUGCUGGAUCGUCUUCUAUGUAUCUUUCUCAAAUAUCUGGCGAGCUUAAAGAGUUAGCAGAAGAAAGUAUACCAACUGUAUUACAAAAAUUUGGCACGGAUGGAAAGAAGACCGGACCAUGCAAAAUAUUGGUUCCUCUUGAUGCUGUAGAAAGAUUACGUGAAGCUUAUCAUUCGGAGCAAUUAAGAACUAUAGCGUGCCUUGCAAAAUCACUUUCCCAUUCUCACUGUCCGGACUACGAUUGCAUACAGAUGCUGCGAACGACUCCUUGCUUGCAGACAUUACCUAUUCCUGAUCGAGAUAAGCCAGUAUCUUUCAAAAACUUCUUACUCAGAGCUUCAACUUGUAGUGAAUCUUUAGCGAUUAUUAGCGCUAUAUGUAGUGCAUGUGCGACACAAGCGGAACCACGCGCACAAUCUCAAAAGAAAAAUAAGAAGAAAUAUAAUAAGAAAAUUGAGUCAAAUAUGAUAAACGAGACCAAUGAGACCAAGACUUGGAGGGAAGUAGCUGUAUUACUCUCAGAAAGAGUUGAAAAUUUAGAUGCGGUCCUAACAGAAUUUGAAAAAUAUGAGUUACACACGGGAUUAGAUGAGAAAGACGACGUAUGUGUCAUCAUUACGAAACGCGGACAAGCGAGCCUCCGACAAAGUUGCAGAUCCCUCAAAUCUCGUACCCAGCCUAUAUUAAGGCUUUUAAGUAAUUUAAAAAGCUGAAACUAUUCGACAGUGUUUGUACAAAGGACAUCUAUAUCCGUCUACUUUUCAUAAUUUUCAAAAAUGACUUGAGAGUUCUGUACAUAAUUUUUAGCUCCAAUUCAAUUAUAAAUAAUGAAUGAAUGGUUUAAUGCUGAUUAAAAUACCUGAGCCUACCUUCAUUUUUAUGAAAAGUACUACGCAGUCAUUUCACUACACUGCCAUUUGAUCAGCUUACAACUGAAAUAAUGCAUUCUUUAAACAAAUGUAAAAAUUGAAAUAAUACUUCUGCAAUUUAUAAAAGUUUCACAACUAAAGACAUUAAUUUUAUUAAUUAAAAAUUGUGGUCUAUCUGUUUCUACUUACGUGCCAUUUUUUUCAUUAAAAUAGUUGUUUUCCAUAUUAUCAUGUAUCACAAAGUCUGUCGAUAUGCGCAUAAAUCAAUAUAUUUUAUGAACUACUUUCGUAGACAUUUUAAGGAAUAACGCUCGUGGAUUGCAUUUAAUUAUAUUUUGUAACAAUGCGACAUGGUUUCUUUCAAUUAUAUAUAUUAAUUAUAUAUUCA